AUAUAAACGAAGAAUUUUAAAGAAUUUAAUCAAUGCGUCGUAUUAACACUUUUUUGAAAAAUCACUUAUCGAUAUAUCCGACACGUAUCAUGUUAGAUACGUGUCCAUGUUGGUGCAUAAUAGAUGAUAGUAAUCACCUCCUCCAGAGAGGCAGGAAGGUACGUGCUAGUAAGGGGACUCGAACUCGUCUCACUGUCAGUUGUGUGAUUCAGUCCCUUUGAUAGCUUGACAGCCACAGGGUUUUUUGGGUAUGUUUUCUGUGACUAAUAAUUAAAAGUUAAAACUGUUUCUUGACUGCAAAAUGAGGCAACAUGCAUGAUAGCAGUGAUUAUUAUCUUAAUUAAUUGAACGGUGAUGAACAUUAGACAAAAUAGACAUGCUUUAUAUCAAUGUUAGUAUUGUUACUUAACUACUCCUGAUUAAGUUACUAGUUACAAUACUGUAUCAGCUUAUGCCCUUUUUUAACCUUUGUCUUUUUUAUUUUUUCGUGGUGGGGGUGGGUUGUCAAAAGCUUUCUGGUCUAUUUCAGCCCCAUGAUAAGCAAGUUGCAGAAGCUCUUUCAUUUUUUUGAUAUUCAUCUCAAAAUUUCAACCGCUGGACGUCCUUUUCAAAAUGCAGAAGCAGAAACUGACCCCUACAAAAUUCCAACCAAGCACAACAUGCGGAUGGCAUUAUAUUGGCUUGUACAAGGAUGUCAACCAGGAGAUUCCCUGGUGUUCCAUUAUUCUGGUCAUGGUUCACGGCAGAGGAACUACAAUGGAGAUGAAGUUGAUGGAUAUGAUGAAACCCUAUGUCCCCUGGACUUCGAGACACAGGGUAUGAUUGUUGAUGACGAAAUCAAUGCAUCUAUCGUCAGACCUCUACCUCAUGGUGUUAGGCUUCAUGCUAUAAUAGACGCCUGCCAUAGCGGAACUGUUCUAGACUUACCAUUUCUUUGUAGGAUGGACAGGUAAACUUCAAACCCUUUAUUGAUGGUAUAAAGUUUAGCACCUCGUAAUCUGUUUCUUGUAAUUGAAGGAAUGUUUUUGUUUUCUGGGUAAUUUAUAGCUAACACGGACAUCUCAUAGCAGCUUUCAAUAUUAGAAGAAUGGAGGGUUCAUAAUGUCUUUUCCAUACCUUUGGAUGCCAUCUGCAAAUAACAUUGAGAAAAAGUAUUUGUUAACUAUGUUUGUCUCUUAAUGAAGGGUAUUUAUGAGCCAUUUUUUAAUUACAAUUUUUGAAGCUAUUUCAAAAGCACCCGCUUGCAGAUAUUUCCUACAUAAAAUUGAAGUUACAAGUUGGUUUGUCACCUUAGUCAUCAAAAUAGAAGAAAAAGAGCAAUGCUAAGCCAGAACAUUGUGAAUUCGACUCUACACCUAGUCUCCAAAAACCUAACCUUAAAACUGCCAUGUAUUGUCAUGGCAUACUAGGGCAACCAUCUUGUUUUCCCUUUGUGCUGGUAAUUAGAAUGCUACUAAUAUAAGUAUACUUUUUUAAGUUCUGCAGAUAAAUUGCAUUUAUUAUUGCACAUUUUCAACUCUAUCAACACGAUGAACAUAAAGAAAAUGGUGAUUUUUGUAGCCAGAUCCACUCUGGAAAACUCAACGACUAAUC